CAACUGUGCCUAUAAAACCUUCAAUCUUUCUCCCUCCAAUCACUUCAACCAUUGCCGUUUGCGGGUAGCUGAUAUUCUACUCGAUCGAGACGACGACGCCGCGCCCGCCGCCCCGGCGACGGUAUAGGGCAACCCAACAUGGAUGGCGCGGGGGAAAAACGGCCAAAAAAACAUGGUUCUGCAGCUAGUCGUCACUAUUCGCCUUGCCGGAUCGUUGACCGGUUGUUGGCGAUUCUGAGACGAGCCAAGAAGCAGAGGGUUUCGCAACAGAGGCAGGAGAUGCGUACAGAGCCGAGAGAUUUCAAGGGUAUGUCUUUGUCCACAAGCCGUUCGAUGAAUGGAUCGAACUGCAACGAGGAAUCAGGACAUUAUAGAAAUGAUACAUCUUUUAAGUUGGGAGUUACCUGGGGUUUGCUGUAUAUGAUUGCAGCAAGUAAGAAUGAGUUUAGCAAGAUGGUUGAGUUGCGGAAAGAAAUGGAAACGCUUCUCCGACGCACGGAAGAGGAACUCCCAAGGAAAGAGACAGUUUUCAAGCCAUUUAAAUCAAGUGACACACUUUCCUGUUCCAUCACUCAUACGCAAGACGUUUCAAGCUCUAAUAGCCAUAUUUUUGUUCCGUCAGAACCAGUGCCAGAAAAAAAUAUGGUUCAUAAUCGUGUUCAAGAGUAUAACUUAAGUAAACCAGAUGAAUGUGUGGAAGGAAUACAUGAACUUGAAGAAGAACUUAAAGUUGAGUUAAAAAGGCUGCAGCUUUGUUGGGAUGAAGAAACUGCUUUUGAAGAUGCACAAGAAAAAAGGGUCAAGGUGGUACGUAUGGAUUCGAGCACAAGAAGCAACAGUACUAGUUAUGGUGAAAUAAUUGACACUCAAGAAGCAAGCAAUGAUGUAUCUUUCGGAGUUCAUCCAAUUGAACUAGAAAGAAGGCUGCAUGAACUACUUGAAGCGAGGCUGCAAGAACAGAUAACAGACCUGGAGUAUGCUUUAGAAUGUGCUAGGCAGAAGGUUAUUGAGAAAGAAACAGAGGCAACUUGGUGGAAGGACACUGUGCGACUAAUCUCACAGCAUGUUCCUGAAACCUCUCGAUUUACUUUUCGGCUUGAUCCCGACGCUACAUUUAAAUUAAAAGCCGAGUUCUGAGCUUUAGGAUAGUCUGAGAAAGUGAUGUUGAUCAAGUGAGAUUGGGUAUUUAGUUGUCUGCUGUUGAAUGGCCUCCAAUUUUUAUUGAAGUUCUGAUAGUCCGCUGAAGAAAAUGGUGUGGAACGUGACCCGCAGAGGCUCUAGUGAUGACAAAUGAGACCAGUAAUGGCCACAACGAAGGCUAAAUGAAUUUGCUAUCCAAUUUAGGUGUGCUACUCGAGAUAUCUCAAAUGCCGUUGAAUAUUUCCUUUAUAGCAGGUAUUAAUUCAUGUGACCAAGCAGUGGAGUGAAAUUGUUUUGGUGAAAAUGUUCAAGUUGUUGUCCAUGCUAGGUUCCCCGGAGAAAGCUGUGCAGUUUGAUUUCGAGAUGAACUCAUUCUCUCAAAUCUCGUUGACUUUGGCUCUUGCUCUAGCUAUUUGUGAGAAGCUCUGGGCGGCCUAGUUAUUUUUGAUUCAUUAUCGGGUUCAGAGAAGAUGAUUGCAUUGUGAUUUUCUUCAACACUGAGAUAAUUGUUUUCAUUUUCAUGAUAUACUAAUGGAAGCUUUGGAUUCAGUUGUGAUGGUUA